GCGCUCCCGACCCCCCUUCUCCCCCUCCCCCCAUCGUCAUGACGGCGUCUCCGGAUUAUUUGGUGGUGCUCUUUGGGAUCACUGCUGGGGCCACUGGGGCCAAGCUGGGCUCGGAUGAGAAGGAGCUGAUCCUGCUGUUAUGGAAAGUCGUGGAUCUGGCCAACAAGAAGGUGGGACAGCUGCACGAAGUACUAGUUAGACCGGAUCAGUUGGAACUGACGGAGGAUUGUAAGGAAGAAACGAAAAUAGACGCCGAAAGCCUGUCCACCGCGCCGCAGCUGGACCAAGCCCUCCGACAGUUUAACCAGUCAGUGAGCAAUGAACUGAAUAUUGGGGUGGGGACUUCUUUCUGUCUCUGUACCGACGGGCAGCUUCAUGUCAGGCAGCUCCUGCACCCCGAGGCUUCCAAGAAGAAUGUAUUACUACCUGAAUGCUUCUAUUCCUUUUUUGAUCUUCGAAAAGAAUUCAAGAAGUGUUGCCCUGGCUCACCUGAUAUUGACAAACUGGAUGUUGCAGCAAUGACAGAGUAUUUAAACGUGGAGAAAAAUAGUUCAGUCUCCCGUUAUGGAGCCUCUCAAGUUGAAGAUAUGGGGAAUAUAAUUUUAGGCAUGAUUUCAGAGCCUUAUAAUCACAGGUUUUCAGAUCCAGAGAGGGUAAAUUACAAAUUUGAAAGUGGCACUUGCAGCAAGAUGGAACUUAUUGAUGAUAACACCGUAGUCAGGGCACGAGGUUUACCAUGGCAGUCUUCAGAUCAAGAUAUUGCAAGAUUUUUCAAAGGACUCAAUAUUGCCAAGGGAGGUGCAGCACUUUGUCUGAAUGCUCAGGGUCGAAGGAAUGGAGAAGCCCUGGUUAGGUUUGUAAGUGAGGAGCACAGAGACCUAGCACUGCAGAGGCACAAACAUCACAUGGGGACCCGGUACAUCGAGGUUUACAAAGCAACAGGAGAAGAUUUUCUUAAAAUUGCAGGUGGUACAUCCAAUGAAGUAGCUCAGUUUCUCUCUAAGGAAAAUCAAGUCAUUGUCCGCAUGCGAGGGCUCCCUUUCACUGCCACAGCUGAAGAAGUGGUGGCCUUCUUUGGACAGCAUUGCCCCAUCACUGGGGGGAAGGAAGGCAUCCUCUUUGUCACCUACCCAGAUGGUAGGCCAACAGGGGAUGCCUUUGUCCUGUUUGCUUGUGAGGAAUACGCACAGAACGCACUGAGGAAGCAUAAGGACUUGUUGGGUAAAAGAUACAUUGAACUCUUCCGAAGCACUGCAGCUGAAGUUCAACAGGUGCUGAAUCGAUUCUCCUCGGCCCCUCUCAUUCCACUUCCAACCCCUCCCAUUAUUCCAGUACUACCUCAGCAGUUUGUGCCCCCUACAAACGUUAGAGACUGUAUACGCCUCCGAGGUCUUCCCUAUGCGGCCACAAUAGAGGACAUCCUGGACUUCUUGGGGGAGUUCGCCACAGAUAUUCGUACUCACGGGGUUCACAUGGUACUGAAUCACCAGGGCCGCCCAUCAGGAGAUGCCUUUAUCCAGAUGAAGUCUGCGGACAGAGCAUUUAUGGCUGCACAGAAGUGUCAUAAAAAAACCAUGAAGGACAGAUAUGUUGAAGUCUUUCAGUGUUCAGCUGAGGAGAUGAACUUUGUGUUAAUGGGGGGCACUUUAAAUCGAAAUGGCUUAUCCCCACCGCCAUGCCUGUCUCCUCCCUCCUACACAUUUCCAGCUCCUGCAGCAGUUAUUCCUACUGAAGCCGCCAUUUAUCAACCCUCUGUGCUUUUGAAUCCACGUGCGUUGCAGCCCUCCACGGCAUACUACCCGGCAGGCACUCAGCUCUUCAUGAACUACACAGCGUACUAUCCCAGCCCCCCAGGUUCGCCUAAUAGUCUUGGCUACUUCCCUACAGCUGCUAAUCUUAGCGGUGUCCCUCCGCAGCCUGGCACGGUGGUCAGAAUGCAGGGCCUGGCCUACAAUACUGGAGUUAAGGAAAUUCUUAACUUCUUCCAAGGUUACCAGUAUGCAACCGAGGAUGGACUUGUACACACAAAUGACCAGGCCAGGACUCUACCCAAAGAAUGGGUUUGUAUUUAAGGGCCCCAGCAGUUAGACCAUCCUCAGAAAAGAAGUGUUUGAAAGAUGUAUGGUGAUCCUGAAACCAUGAGAAACCAUGAGAAAACUUCUAGCAACUUCAGGGGACGUUUGUCUACACUCAGGCUACAGUAUUUUGAGAAAACAUGAUUGGACAGUGGACCUGUGCCUUACCUUUAGGUGGAGUGAACAAUGUGAGCCAGUGAAGCCAGUCCUUAACAAGCAGUUUGUCGCAUACCUGGCUCCUUGCUGAUUGCAAAUAGGCAUUUAAAAUGUGAAUUUGAAAUCAGAUGUGUCCAUUAUUUGCAGCAUAGGUGUGUCCUAAGUUGUAAGUCCUGGAUAAAAAAUUACUCCACUAAUGUUUACCAUCUCCAUCAGAAACUGUUAUAGAAGCUUCAUUUUUUGUAUUCCCACUCUUCUGUUUCCUGCACAAUCACGCUAUCUUGUUAAGUAAUUCAAGCAUGAGGUCUUGGAAUAUUUAAAUCACAAACUUAAGAAAAGGAAUAUAAUAAAGCUAAUAUUUUCCCAGUCUCUUGGCCAUCAUAAUAUCUUACAGUUAAACACCUAUUAAAAUAAUUUUUAAAACAGCCGAGGAUAAUUUAGGAGAAAAGGUGUGCCCUCCACAAAACUUACAUAGUUAAAAAGUUUGUAUCUUUUUCUCAUCAGGUACCAAUUGUAAAUAGAAGAAUUUACUAGGGGCCAAAAUGCGAAACCAAAAAUGAAGCAACUAAAUGUAGUUAGUAAUUUGUAGUUUGAACGGUAACUGAAUAUUAUGGCUUCAUAUGUAUUAUUUUAUAUUGUACUUUUUGCAUUAUCAAUGACUUAGCUAAUAAGAGAAAUUCCAUAGUUUUUAAUAUCACAGAAAUGAGACUGUUUGGACAGUGUAUUCUUAGGAAGCAAUAUACUAACUGAACCGAAGUGAAUGCUUGUACAUAUUAAAAUAGCCUUCAACCUUCUUCUCUAAUGCCUUAACUGUCAAAUAAUUACCUUAAAGAACCUAGGACUGUAGUCAGCAUGCUAGACUGAGAGGUGAACACUGAUGCGGGCAGGCCAGGUACCAACGCGGUCAGUGUUUGCACUGCGUGUUUAGCUGUGUUUAUGCUACAAAGUGCAAUAUUAGAUGCUAGCUAGAACUGCUGCCUCGUGUAACUCCGAAGAGGAAAACAGGAUUCCACUAAGUGCACGCAUCUUUUUAAGUCACUCAUACUGUCCUUUGCUUGAAUUCAUUGCCGUGCAGGUUUAUGUGGCUGCUAUUUUUAUUUCCUUCGCAUUACUUUGAUUACCACCUUGAAUGGAGAGCCAAACGUUUCCCUCUUUAGCUGACCAGCCAUGGCCCUUUCACUGCAGUAAGAAAACAAACGUUUCAUGUGCGAAUUGGUGAUAACUGGCACUUAAGAUCAGAAACAAAGUUCUUUAUACUUGAUGCCUUAAGAUGCUGUCUGCCCACAGCUCUGAGAGACUAAGAUAGGCGUAAGACUUACUACAAUACUACUGAGUUUUUGUAGAAUUG